GCAAAUCGGAGAGAUAGAAGCGUAUAUAUAUACAUAUACAUAUAUAUACAUAAUCUCGCCGGAAAAUUUAUACGUAUCAAACUUCGUAAAAACGAUAGAGGAGGGUCGUGAGAGGUCUAGGAAUACUCCCCAAUAAAUUCCAGACCGAUUCGUAGUCACCGGAGCAUCCUAGAGCUCGCCGGAGUUACAAGUCGUGGAAGCGGGUCUUCAGAAAAAGCGGAUAUUUUGCCGUAGAUAGGGGUGGCGGAGCUUCGUCUUGCCGUCAGGAUCAUUUUGCAACUUGAAUCAUUGAAAUCCGUUACCUAAGGUGAAUUCAAGUGAAGGCCAAGCUAGAGAUUUUAUUAAGGGGAUUAUCGCAAUUCAAGGUAAGUUCUAUGUCAACCAAAAAUGUUUUAUCUCGUAUUUAUAUGUAUGCAAUAUUUGAACUAUGUGGACUAUUUAUGAAUCGGAAACUAUUUUUUGACAUGGAAUGAAUAUUUUGAAUGUAUGGAUAUUGGUGGAUUAUUAUCUAUUAUGGAUUAUUAAAUGUAUAUUCUUUUUAUUAAAGAAUAUUGGUGGAUUGAUAUUUAUUACAAAGUAUAUUUUUGGAAAGUGUGACAAGAAUGACUUUGGGAAAAACUUAAAGUUUUUCAUAAUAUAUUUUUACGUCUCGAGAGAAACACGAGGCGUGGGUGAUUAGGACUACUACUACUUUUGGUGAAAUUUAUUUGGGUUGGUAACCAGUCCGGCAAUGACAUGCUCCGGUAGACAUCCCGGGCUUUUAUUUGAGGACCAAAGGUCCUUUGGUGGUUGUAGUAGUAGUUACCUAAUUUAUCCCUGGACAAUGUCCCUUGUGAGUAGGUGGUAGAAAACAUUCUGCCUACUUGGAUUUCUUACUACUCGGAGGGCUUGGAAUCCCUUUUAGAGGGUGUGCACACUUAAGGUAGAAAUUCAGCUUCCAAAUUGGUGGUCGGUGGGAGCCGGAAUUCCGGGAUGAGUCGUAAAUAACAACGACUCGUUGGGCUCGAGGAAUCUUGAGUUCCGCCCACUCUUAAAAGAAAUCUAUAGUAUUAAUUUUGGAGGAAUUGAGGAAUGACAUUAUCUAAUGAAGAAAUUAUUUUGAGACAUGAAGUUAUUUUGGAGAUAUGAGAGGGUAUUUUCUAUAUAUAUACCUAUACCAAACCUAUUUUCCAAAUUAUAUUAUUUUACGGGUUCGGGUGGAAUCUUACUUAGCUCUAAAGCUAAUUUUUGUCUCUUCUGUCUUCUUCUCUUUGCUCUAUUGUACAGAUGAUUAUGAUUAUUAAGAUUGAUGUACUUGCUGCCCGAGUGUUCCGCUAGUUGCACACGUUUGAUUAAUUAUCGUUGUUUAAACUUGUAAUUCAUAAACUUUGUCCUAAGACCCAUUUCAUUGUUAUUUGAACUUAUGGUGGAUAGCCUGUGCACUCAAUCAUGUAUAGGUUGAGUGUGGCGGUGACGCACCUGUUUUUCCCUUAAAGACUUCCGCUGUAUUCUAAAUAUGUUUAAUAAUAAAGAUGUUUUCAUUUAAAAAUGUGAUUUUAUUUGGGUGGGAAAAAUGGGGGUGUUACAUUAAUCCUUUAUCUUGGGGUUUCCCAAGGUGCAAUCAGUUCCGUGCUGGUUCGCGAGGAGGAAGGCGUUCAGCGCCCCGUCUACUAUGUGAGUAAGACCCUCCAGAAUGCUGAGCUCCGGUACACCCCGCUCGAGAAGACAAUAUAUGCCGCCUACAUCACCGCCAAGAAGUUGACACACUACUUCCAAGCGCACCCCAUCAGAAUCCUGUCGGACCAACCCCUAGGUGCCGCUCUGAGGGCGCUCGACACAACCUGGGUAGUGAAGUGGUCGAUGCUCCUCAACCAAUAUGAGGUUGACUUCCAACCUCAGACGUCCAUCAAAGGCCAGGCUCUGGCUGAUUUCAUUGUGGAAUGCACGGCCCGAGAAGUGGCAGAUAGGCAACAAGAGAGCAAUGAACAAUGGUGGACUCUAGCGACUGAUGGGUCGGCAGGAGCCAAGGGAUGCGGGGGCGGAAUUGUCCUCAUCUCACCCGAGGGAUUCCGAGCCUACUAUGCCUACCGCUAUCUUUUCAAAGUCUCCAACAAUGAGGUGGAGUACGAGGCCCUACUAUAUGGGCUACGAUUGGCAGCCGCCAUGGGAGCAGAGUGGAUAACGGUGAAAUGUGACUCCCGCCUGGUGGUUUCCUUGGUCAAAGGUGAGUUCGAAGCGCAGGAAGAAAGAAUGAUGAAGUAUCGAGAUGCUGUUCGGGAGUUGCUCGGGUUGUUCAAGCAAGCAUAGUUGAUCUGCAUCCCGAGAAAUCAAAACUCCGAUGCAGACCUCCUCUCAAAGCUAUCCCAAGGGUUAGCUGAACAUAUAUCGAGAAUUGCACGCAUUGAGGAGAUGACGACCUCAAGCAUAUCAGCCUCCCCGUCCAUUGACGUCCUUCCCCUGCAACCAGUCGCCUGGUGUUGGGUGGAUGACCUCCUGCGCUACAUAGCCGACGGGACGCUCCCCGAUAAAGAAGAGGAGGCAAGGUUAGUCCAGCAACGAGCUCCGGGCUACGUCGUCUUGGAUGAGAAGCUGUACAAGAGGUCCUACAAUGGGACCUUGCUAAAGUGUUUACGCCCACAUGAGGCGGAAAUGAUCGUCUCUGAACUCCAUGGGGGCGUAUGCUCCGCCCAUCAGGGGGCAGGCACGUUAGCUAGGAAGGUCGUCCUCCAGGGGUACUUUUGGCCAACAAUAAUGAAGGAUUGCGCUGACUAUGCAAGGAAAUGCGAGACAUGCCAGAAGUUCCAGAAGAGCCCCGGCCGACCAGCAACGAUGUACACACCGAUCAGCACCGCCCUUCCAUUCACAAGAUGGGAUGUCGACCUGGUCGGUCCCUUACCAACCGGGUCGGGAAACCGGAAGUUUGUCAUCAUCGUGGUGGACUGCUUUACGAAGUGGGUUGAGGCCGAGCCGCUUGCCAGCAUCACACAUCUCCAAUGUAAGAAGUUCAUAUGAAAGAAUAUUUUCUGCCGGUUUGGGGUUCCCCUCCAAAUAAUCUCCGACAACGGAAGGCAGUUUGACUGCGAAGCCUUCCGGCAAUUCUGUGCAGAGUGGGGCGUAGAAUCCAACCGAGUUGCGGUCUGCUACCCCCAGGCAAAUGGACAGGUGGAGAACACCAACCGGACGAUCGUCGAUGGACUGCAAAAGAAGUUGGAGGCCCUCGGGACUGCCUGGGUGGAGGAGUUGAAUAAUAUACUCUGGACCUUCAGAACAACCCCAAGGAAGGCAACAUGAGAAACCCCCUUUGCCUUGUGUUAUGGCUUUGAGGCAAGGGCACCGUUCGAGGCCGUAGUUCCCAGCCGGCGAGUGGAAGAAUUUGAACCAGCCAGCAAUGAGGAGAGGCUCCGAGCCGAGCUCCCUCUAAUUGAGGAAAGAAGAGACCGUGCCUUCAUCAAAGCGGAAAACUAUCGACGACAGGUCAAGGCGUACCAAGACAGCCGAGCCUGACCCCGGAGAUUUGACGUCAGUGAUUAUGUCCUAAGACGUAGGAAGGCCAGCAGGCCGACAGAGGGAGGUAAGCUCUCCGUCAAGUGGGAAGGCCCUUACGUGGUUGACGCAGUGAUCGGCCCUGGGACAUACAAGUUGAAGACAACAACAGGCCGGUUGGUAGACCACGUCUGGAAUGCCGAGCACCUGAUGAAGUUUUACCAGUAGAAAAUCGAAGUUUCACUUUUCUUUGUAAACUCCUGUGCUCCGAGCACGGGAUUACAAUUUGUAAUUCUUCAUGUGGUCCGCCCACAUCAUGAAUUCAAUAUACUUUGC